UGAUGUGUUUGAAACGUAGUAUUUAAGCGAGAAUAUUUUUUAUUCCAUGCAAAUGUCUUUUUUUCUUCCAUGAGCUGCAACGAAUUUUAUAACGGAAAGAUAAAGAAUAAUGAUUUGAAAAAUGGAAGCCCGUAGUGAGUAGUCCUGUGUUUACAUUAUCCUUAUCCUAAAAUUAUACAAAAUUACUUACAUUAUAAAUUAUAUUCUUUUGAUCAAACAUUUGUUUUGUCGUGGAUUAUUUUUAUUUUACAAAGGAAUAGUACCUCCCUUUUUUAACAACAAUCGUGAAAUACACUAUUUAUCAUAAUUUUUAAGUAUAAUAAAAUCAUAGUAGUUUUAAUUCAACUCAUUUGUAAUUUUUUUUUACUUCAACGUUAACAAUUAAAAUACACGAAAGUAAGUAAAAUGAGCAACAAUUCUACGCCAAAAGUACUGCGUUCUACAGCGAAAAUACCUGAUACGCCCGCUUUGGAACGCAUCGGAUAUGGGACAGGUGUCGGUGUAUUUAAUUUAGAAAGAGAUGAACAAUCUCCUUGGGCAGCUAAAAUAAUUAGUCGUCAAGCUGGCCGAGAUCGUAAACAGUUCAGUAAUCGUUUACAAUUGGAAGCUAAAGUUUUGGCGUCGCUUAACCAUCCGAAUAUUAUUGGGUACAGAGCGUUUGUUAAAAGGCCAGACGGUCGUGAGGUGUUGCUUAUGGAACAGUGUGAACAAAGCUUAUGCGACUUGAUUGAAAAGCGAGUAGAAGAAAACCUAGGUCCGUUUCCGGCCGAGUGUAUUAUGAAAGUAGCCGUAGACAUUGCUAGAGCCUUAAAAUAUUUGCACUCUUCGUUGAUUUUACACGGCGAUAUUAAAUCUGGAAAUAUACUCGUUAAGAACAACUUUGAGAUCGCAAAACUUUGCGAUUUUGGUGUUAGUUUACCUCUGAAAGCUGAUGGAACAUUACACAAAAUUAAAGGAUAUAGAUCAUCGUACAUAGGAACUCCGUGUUGGUCAGCACCUGAAGUACUGAAACGAGAAGAAUGUGCCGGCGCUAUUAUCACUAAUAAGGCAGACAUAUUUAGUUAUGGUUUGGUAUUGUGGGAGAUGAUGGCGCUGUCUGUACCGAACAUAAAUACGGCAUUGGACGAAACGUAUUAUACGGGAAUCAGUGAAGACAUGGACGCCAAUUUAGGACAAAGACCGCCUUUGCCGAAAGAUUUAACAUCCAACCCAAAGUAUAGUCGUGUUAUAGAAUUAUUUGAAAUGUGUACAGUACAGGACCAUACAAAACGACCCACAGCAAAACAAAUUUUAAGGAUAAUUGAUGUUCAAACCAAAAAUAUUUAACGAUGAAUAAUGACAAAUAGUUAUUCAGACCGCAGCGAAAGCUGGUGAUUGUACAUAUUAUAUGUUUUUGUAAAUGUGCUAAAGAUUAAAUAAAGUAAAUUAUUUUUUAUAUUUAUAAAUAAAAACAUUUUUGGGUAUUAAUUAUUACGGUACUAUCCAAGCAUU